AAAUUCUAACAAAAACAUUGAAUGUACAGAUUAGUUUUUUUUUAAAUAAUAAUCUUCAAAUUUAAUAAUAGUUAAUAUAAGGCUGUAUUAUAAAUAUGAUUUAUUUUAACAUAAUUAUUUAUCAUUUACAUUAAAAUGUGUUCUAGAAGUCCACGGUUCACUGUGAUUUAUUAGUUUAUAAGAUUCAAAAAAACGUCAUGACAGAAGAACAGCUCGGUUUUAAUUUAGCCGAUCUAAAAAAGUUAUGCAAGUCAUACAUUGAUUAUACGAGAACUUAUGCCGACCAAACAAGUCAACAAUGUCAUGAAAUGGAUGGUUUUGUUUUUCAAUUUGCAUCUGAGGUUGUUGACUUUAGCUCGCAAUAUGGUAGUGAUAUAAGUAUAUCAUAUACUGCCAGCAACCUUACAGGAAAGCCGAGCAAAUUUCCCAACUAUGGAGAUUUUCCACAAUCCUAUGUUAUGAGAUCUUAUGGACCAUGGAAAGAACAUUCACCUUCCAGAAAAUGUUCAAUAAUGCCACAAAAUGCUGGCAAAAUUAAAAGCGAAGAUUUUAUAAUUUUGUCAUUUGAUAUUCCGGUUAUACCUAUGGUAGUUUCCAUUUUUGAGACAUAUACCCCUGGAUCAGUAAUUCGUAUAUCAGGAAAAGUAGUGGACCAACCAGAAACAAAAGCAUGGAAGCUGCUUUGGGAAGGUAUGCCACAAAAUUGCAAUGGUAUUCGGCAGUCUCGUUUAUUUUCUCCACAAAUUAAGUUUAUAGGAGAGCGUAUAAAGCAAAUAUGUAUUGAGUUUAAUCAUACACAAUUAGACUACUACACCGAAUUAGAUGCUGUUUCAUUAGGUGGCAUUGUAAAUAAUCCAGAAGAUGGAAUUAUUAAUGUAAAACGCCUUCCAAUCACACCUACACUUUCAGGUUAUAUUUUUGAUGAUAAUCAGCAUGCAUCUGAAGUCAGUGUUUCGUCAAUAUUGCCUAAAAUUCCGGUUUCUACAAGUUUAGAUCCAUUUAUAAAAUUGAUUAAAAAUAUUGAAGAAUUGGAAAUUGAAUGUCGCAAGGCUCCUAAUUUUGAUCUCAUAUCUCAAUUACCGGAUGAAACAUUAAUGCUUAUUUUUUCAUUUCUGGAUCUAAAAUCGUUACGUAGAUGUAUGGCUGUGUGUAAACGGUUUAAUGAUAUAUGUAAAGAUGAAUUUUUAUAUACAGAAAUUAACCUAAAACCUUAUUGGUCAUCAUUCUCAUACUUAAUGUUGACUUCACUUGAGCCUUAUUGUACACGUUUAACAAAAUUAGAUUUAUCAUGGUGUGGAAUAACUAAUGGAAUAUCAAGUACUGAAUUUAAUUUAUUUAUUAAAAAAUGUGGAAAUAAUUUCACAAAUCUUCGUUUGGACAGUUGUGGAUUUGUCAAAUGUACUGUUUUAACUGCCAUUAGUUUAUACUGCCCAAAUCUUAAAGAGUUAAGUUUAAGGAAUUGUACUUCAAUUGAAUUUGAGUUCAACUGUAUGCUUAGUUUUCCAAAAAUUGAACGAUUUGAUUUCUAUAGGACUAAUAUCACUGUAAAAGCACUAGAAUCCAUAUUAUGUUGUACUCCUUACUUGAAGCACAUAAAUUUAGGGUCUUGUAAAAAAAUUGAAACAAUGGAUAGAGUGGCGUUUACUUUAGCAUUUUGGAAUACAGAUCUUGUUUCUGUGGACUUUUGGAAAAGUUAUACAUUAUCUCCUAGUGGAUUGCGCUAUUUGACUGCUUGUUCAAAACUUGAAGAAAUUGAUCUAGGCUGGUGUUUGGGUUUAAGUAUCCCUGGAGAUAGUCUUGUAAGUUUAGCCAAAGCUUGUCCAAGUCUUAAAAAAAUUAUCAUUGUAUCAUUACGUGGAGUUUGUGAUAGAGAUUUGUUAGCAUUUUCUAACAAUUGUCCUCUAUUAGAGCAAAUAGAUUUAGUUGGACUAAGGGCAAUUACUGCUGAUGCUUGUUCAAGAUUUCUACAGAAUUGUAAACAUCUAAAAUUAAUGGAUGUUAAUUUUUGUGAAAAUAUCAAAGAAAUGAAUAUUCUUGAUUGGAGAUUGAAUUAUCCUCAUGUAUGUAUAAAGUAUACUACUUCAAACCAUACAAAUGUGUAUCACUAUUAACCAUCAUUAAAGUUCACUGAUUCUAAAACAGCAUGACCAGUCCGUGGACAUGUGGUAUUAACUCUGUUACAUUCAAUUCUAUUGAUAUCAGCCCACUGAUUAAUGAGUAAUCCUUCAUUGGCAUACUUAAACCACGAAAAGAAGCUUAGCCAUCGAAAAUAGGAAGGAAUUGAGCUAAAAAUAAAAUUUGUAUAAAAAUACUCUCUACUGAUUUGUAUUUACUUAAAGCUGUACAUUUAAUAUUAAAUCGAAAUUUAGAUUUAUUAAAGAAGCGAAGAACAAAUAUUUUAUGUUACAAUGAGUUUUUAAUAUAAGUGUUAAUUUUAUAUGGUUUCUUACUUGACAUUCAAAAAAUAUCCUCCGAAAAGUAGAAAAGGUAUAACUAUAGUAGGACCUAUUGAUAGAGCUACUGAAAUGUUGCCACUAACACAUGAAAUUAAGUAACC